UUUAUCUCUUUCUUUUAAAGCUUUCACUUUUUUCUUGCUUUUUAGUGUUUUAAAGUUCUUUAGAAAGAUAACUUUGUGAGGGUGGGAAUUAGUAGAAAGAGGGAAAAAAGAGGGAAGAAUAAACCGCCGCUGAUCCCGGUCGCUUUUAAAAUCAUUGUGUGGGAUAUAUAAGCUUUAAUUGUGUGUAAGCUAGAAAAUCUCUCAUCGAUUGCUUACUUGCAUUUACACACAAAAAUAUUUUUAUUUAUUAGAUCAUUACACCAACCUCUUGAUCAAUUUUUGUAAAAUGAUUUUUGGGAUCACUUGGAUUCUUGUAAAUUUUUAGACCAAAAUUUAAAGAUUUUCUGGGCUUUUUAUCAAGGAUGGAAUCUCUUCCGCUUCCGUCUUCCAUUUUUUAAAUUUCUUCCGUUUUUUCCACCUUCCACUUUUUAAAAUACGAUAGGGCCCUUCCCUGCUUCAUAUCUCUUUUUUAAUCAAAAUUUAUCGCAAAACCAUCCAUGUUUGAUUCUUCUUCAGUUUUUUAUUUUCUCCGUUUUCUUUCCCCUUCCGCUUUUUAAAAUACGACAGAGUUUUAAAUAUCCCCUGAUACGUAGUUAUUUAAUUUCCAAUGCUAUACAGGAGGUGGUGUAAUGGAUAACACAUAGAUUCAGUAAGAUGAUGGUUCGUUCCCAGCCGGCUAAAUAAUCCUUCGCGUUAUCUGAAUGAGAAAUAGUAGCUGCUAGUCCAGUUUGGCUUUAUUUUACCUAUCCCAUACUGAAAAGUUCUUUUCUCAAGCUAUACCUCAAAAAGUAAAAGAACUCCUCGACUCUUAUGCCCCCUCUCUUUUUAUCAACAGGCUUCAUCUAUAUCCCCCAUUUUUCUUUCCCUGCCCGUUUUUAUAGCCCAGUGAAAAGCUUGGGGCCACAAAUGAAUUAUUUGUUGUCUGUCAGCAGUUCUCUCCUUCCAUUCUCUUUUUCCCUCACAUUCCCUUCCCCUCCCUUCCCUUUCCUUUUUUCCCUCACCAAAAUUUUGCUUUUCCUGCUUUUCCCAGCCGUCCAUGACGGAUCGAGAGCGAAAGGAAACAAGAAAAAAACUCAAAAAAAAAAACGAAACCGUUGUUGGGGGCAAUGUCAUCAGCAGCACACUGUUCUAGCUUUACAAACAACAGUUAGGCUUAUAUUUAGGGGUUGGUGUGAAUUCCUUUUUCUUUUAUCUUUUUUCGAGAAUACACAUUUUGCCAAAACACAUUUUGCCAAAAAGGCUAAAAGCCCCCAUUUUGCCAACAAGCUUAUUGACAAAACGCAAGUUUUUAGUCUUAUUGGCAAAAUGUGUUUUUGGCAAAAUGUCGGACAUCCUUCCUUUUUUUGUGUUUUUUCUUAG